UCUUUAUCAAAGUUGGUGGCUUUUCUCGUUCCCGAGACACAAGAUGAGCUUGAAAUGCUAUACUACUUCAAUUGGAUUGUUUCCCACGUGGCUAUGAAGGGUUCUUGCCAUGUAUUAGCUUGAAAUCGACGUCCAAUUUUAUGAAUCAUAUCUUCUGUAACAGUGGAGUGGAGCAGAUUACAGUAAUAGCAAUGCACAAAGACCAUAAUACUUCUUCCAGUGCACCAUCUACACGACGAAUUCGCCAUCGGAGGCGUUCUAAUGAGGUUAAUUUACUAGUUCUUUUUCAUUUGUGUGCCUCCAGGAGGGUUUAUUUACUGAUGGAUUCCACAUGAGUUGAGCAAAUUGAAUGGAACCCAUUUGCUCAUUAAUGACCAAGAUAAAUACAAAUCAAUGUGGAUUCGAGCACACUCAUCUCUGUGGAUGGUUGGGGGUUUUCUGGUUAUUAUUUACUUGGGUCAUCUUUACAUUUGGGCUACAGUUGUUGUAAUCCAAAUAUUUAUGGCCAGGGAGCUCUUUAAUCUACUCAGAAGAGCUCAUGAAGACAGGCGUCUUCCUGGGUUUAGGCUCCUGAAUUGGCACUUUUUCUUCACCGCUAUGCUAUUUGUCUAUGGCCGCAUUAUCAGUCAACGCCUCGUGAACACAGUAACUUCAGAUAAAUUCUUCUAUAGGCUUGUGAGCGGCUUUGUCAAGUACCAGAUGGUCAUUUGCUACUUCUUGUACAUUGCAGGUUUUAUGUGGUUCAUUCUUGCAUUAAAGAAGAAGAUGUACGAGUAUCAAUUUGGGCAAUAUGCUUGGACACACAUGAUUCUUAUCAUAGUGUUUACCCAGUCCGCUUUCACUGUAGCCAAUAUUUUUGAAGGGAUAUUCUGGUUUCUUCUCCCAGCAUCACUUAUUGCUAUUAAUGAUGUUGCUGCUUAUAUAUUUGGUUUCUUUUUUGGAAAAACGCCUUUGAUCAAGUUAUCUCCAAAGAAAACAUGGGAGGGUUUUAUUGGAGCAUCGGUUGCAACUGUUAUCUCAGCAUUUGUGUUAGCAAACAUCUUGGGCAAUUUCCAGUGGUUGACAUGUCCAAGAAAGGACUUAUCCGCAGGAUGGCUUAAGUGUGAUCCCGGCCCACUAUUUAAAGCUGAGAACUAUCCCUUACCAGGAUGGAUAUCUGAUUGGUUCCCUUGGAAAGAGAUAUCAGUUCUGCCAGUGCAGUGGCAUGCUAUGUGGUUGGGUUUAUUUGCAUCAAUUAUAGCGCCUUUUGGAGGCUUUUUUGCUAGUGGUUUCAAGAGAGCUUUUAAGAUCAAGGAUUUUGGGGAUAGCAUACCUGGACAUGGUGGAUUUACUGAUAGAAUGGAUUGUCAGAUGAUAAUGGCUGUUUUUGCGUACAUAUAUCAUCAGUCAUUUGUUUUUCAGCAAGACUAUUCAGUUGAGACCGUUUUGGACCAGAUAUUGGGGAGUCUUACUCUGGAGGAGCAGCAAAUUUUGUACUUGAAGCUAAGGCAGAUAUUCCAAGAGAGGCAACUGAAGGGGACAUAAAGUUUUGUAGACGUCUUGUUUAUCUAGGCUCGCUAUGUAUUCCAGUGUUGUAUCCGAUAGGUGACAGAAGGGGAGAUUGUGUGAAGUUCCUUCUUGAAUUGAUUCUUGUUUUUCUUUUGUAACACACGAUUCUUUCAGUUGCAUGCACUCAAAUACUGACCCCUGUAUCUUGUUAGAGCUUUUUUUUUUUUAUGUUUUAUUUUUAAUUUUCACCAAGACUGACAUUUUGAAGUCAUGUAUUCCAGCUGAUUGUAUAACCGUUAACCAUAAUUAGAAAUGCAAAUUACAGAUUUGACUUGUGGUUUA